AUGCAAGUGCGAGUUCCUACUAAUAGUUGCUCGACGGGCCCGGCACCAUUUCCUCUAGUUGUUGCUGGACACGGAAUGACUGUCAUCAAGGAUGCGGGUCUCGCGUCUUUUGGGGAGCGAUGGGCUAGCGAUGCUGGUUAUGCUUCCCUCAUCUUCGACUAUCAGUUCUUUGGUGACUCUGGCGGCGAGCCCAGAAACUUUGUCUCCCUCGAGAAACAGUUGGAAGGUUACAAGAGUGUCCUCAAAUGGGCGCGUCAGCACCCGGACCUCUUUCGUAACGACAACAUCAUCGUGAUGGGGAGCGCUCUCAGUGGUAUAUCUGUUUCCCAACUACUCCUUGAAGAUACUUCAGUGGCUGGGGGCAUGGCCCAUUGCCCAACGUGGGAUGGUUCUAUAAACCUCCCUCGCUGCUGA